CUUUCUGAAGCCCAAUCUCUUGAGCAGAAUCUUCAGGCCAAGCCAGGUAAGCACAACCAAAGCAACACCCCAAAUGGCUUCAGCUUCUGUUCCCAUGGCGUUGUCACUGAGCUCUGUUACCAACAACAACAAGCCUUCAUCCGAAGCCUUCUUCAGGCCACUACCCCUACGCCAACCAAAGAGGACCCACUUCACCACGAAGGCAGUGUCAAACUCCAAGCCUCAAAUCAAUGCAUCUUUGAAGGAGAAGGCAGUUGCCGGACUCACAGCAGCUUCUGUGACAGCAUCUAUGGUGGUUCCGGAGGUGGCUCAUGCUGCUGGAUAUGAGUUCUCCCCUUCCCUAAAGAACUUUCUACUCAGCAUCUUUGCUGGUGGGGUUGUUCUAGCAGCCAUAUUUGGAGCCGUUAUUGGGGUUUCCAACUUUGAUCCGGUUAAGAGAACUUAAAUCAUGCAUGCUCCAAUGCUUUUCAUUUUCUCUCUCUCUUUUUCACUCUUCUUCUAGCUUCUUGUUUCAUGCAAGUUAUAUGCAACUGGUUCUGUUAUAUGCAUACUAUCUAUAUCCCAGCUGCACUUUAUUUUAUAUUUUCCUUAUUAAUCUUCAUGGUUCAAUGUGUUUAUGUUUAA